AUGUCGCUGGCAGCCGCGGCUCCGGCGGGGUCACCCCGGCCUUGGCCCCGCCCACUAGAGAGAGGCGGCUACGGCGGCCCGGUGGGGCCUGGUUUCCUCCCGACCGCGAAUGGACUGCGAUACUUAAAUGUUAAGUCCCUUACUGGGAAUCAUGUUUGUCCCGUAAUAACAGUAGAAAUAGAUAAUAACGAUUACUUUGUUGUAAGGAAAAUGAAUUCGUCCUCAAAUCCACCAGCUACUAGUGUUCUAAAAACAGAUCACCAAGGCCCACAGAAAGGCCAGAAUACAAAGGCGGAAAGGAGGGCAAUAGUUAAGAAAAAUGUUGCAGCUCAAGUUAUACAGUUUGCAUGGUCUGCAUACAGAGACAAACUACUGUUUCAACUCCUAAAACAUGCAGUUCGUGCAGCAGAAUAUUAUGUGUCAUAUGAAAUAUUAAAGAAAGUGAGCCCCUUAGAGGCUAAGCUGAUUAAAGAUCCUAGCAUGAAGUGUAAGGUCAGAUUCAGAUUUGGCGGCGAAGAUUUUCCACCUUUUAUCCUGUUUAAAAUUUUUCUUCAUACCGAAGGUCAUGGUUGCAAGUAUAUUAGUGGAAAAAAUAUAAUGAAGUCAUCAAAUGAGGCAAUGGUUAGUGCUUGCCAAAUGAUGGGGAAAAAGAAAUUUAUUGAGCAAAUUUUGCAAGAUGAACGUCUUCACCAGAAGUUCGGAGUAACUGAUGAAAUAGAUAUUGUCACAAAGAAAGAUUACAUGCGAUAUACUAGUCUAAUGGAUGAGAUGCCUGCUUAUUUUGGUGGCAGAAAUAACUAUUGGAGAAGAUUAAGCCUCGAAAACUUUCCCAGGACAACGAUGAUAUAUGACAUAGUUGAUUAUGCAGAAUCUGGGACAAUCUCAAACCGCCUACAAAAAGAAAUGAAGUAUCUGUCACAGAGACCAAAAACAGAAGAAAUGCAUCAGCACCAGCUACAGGUUGUUUCUGAAGUUAGGUCUCCUUCUUCACCUUCCUUAAUUAUCACACCUUUGUAUCGACCCUAUAAAAAAGAAAGUCAAGUAAAACAUCUGGGUCGUAGAUCCAAAAAAGCUCAAAUGAAAGUUGAAAAAAUGAGAAAAGCUUAUAAGGUGGAUAAAGAAGAAGAUGCUUCUCCAGUGACCGAACCAGAAAAGGGCACACGACGUAUAAAGAAACAGGAGAUCGUUAUCUCCACUCCAUCUUUCGACAUUGUGAGAAUUGAGGAAUCCACGUCAAAUACGGAACAGGAAAAAGAAAAGAAGCUAUUUUAUGUUUGGUCUCACGACGUAGUUAAGUCUGCAUCAUCUUAA